GAACUAAACUGCCUGUGGCACCUUCUUGAAUCUUGUUGUUGUUGCUGUUGCUGUUGCUGUUGCUGCUUCUUUCCCCCUCGGCUUAGCUUCGUUCCUCCAGCUUCUCCUCUUCUCUCUUCCUGCCUUCUUAUCAUCACCUCUUCUUCCUUCUCCUCCUUCUCCUUUUCUCUCUGCUUCUCUUUCUAGUCAAUUACUCCCUCCCUCCCCCGGUGUCCCUCAACCCCUUUCGUCGCCGGACUAAUAGCAUCUUCCCCGUCUACAGUAACUGUUAUCACUCUUACCUUACACAUCUUCCAAUUGCGACUGUGUCAGAGAAAUCACUUCCUUACCUUUACUUAUUUGAAUAUCUUCCCCAUUUUUCAUCAUGUUGGCCUCCUCACUCUUCGCUCUUGGCCUGAUUGCCUCGGCCACUGCCGCCUCCACUGGCAAUUAUACCCUGCCCGAUGGUUUUGAUCUGAGCGCCAUCACCUCUUCCACCCGCGCCUCCUGGUGUACCGCGGAGCGCAACUCUUGCCCUGAAAUUUGUGGUGGAGUCGCUACCAGCAACUCUUGCGAUUCGACCACCCUUGACUUCUCCUGUAUCUGCUCCAACGGUUCAGCCGCCAACGUGGCCUUGUAUGCGCAGACUAUUCCCUUUUACGUUUGCCAGGCCAACUAUGCCCAGUGCAUUAGCAACUCAUCCAGCUUGACCGAGGAAGAGCACUGUAAGGACUACGAGAAGACUUGCGGCACCCUGAACGCGUCGGCCUCAUCGACUACCUCGUCCACUACCUCGAGCGCUACUAGUCUGACCACAGCCACCAGCACCAGCACCAGCACCGACAAGUCUAGCACGGCCACUGGGACCAGCACCACGAGCAGCACUAGCAGCUCUUCUACGGCCAAUGCCGCCGUUCGCCUGGCUCAGGAGCAUGCCACCGGUCUGUUGGCCACGGCCUUGUUCGUGGGAUUGCGUCUGGUGCUGUAAGUGAAUGGUUGAGAGUCAGAACGGCCCGUGUAAGGGGGGCAUGUAAUUUGGUGAUUCAGCCCGUUCCCAUAUCUGAUGUCGGUGGUUUCUGCUUGGGAUCUUUGAUUCGGUUCCCAUGAAAUCUCUCAGAGACUUUGUAGUGGUAAUAUCUGUCGGGGAAGGCGAUGCUGGUGGUGGUGGUCGUUGGUGUUGUUGUUGUUGUUGUUGUUGUUGUUGUUGUUGUUGUUGUUGUUGCUGUUGCUGUUGUUGCAUGUUCUACGACUUGAUGUCACAUACGAUUAUUCCCCUUCCCCCCCCCAGCUCUGGCGCCCGUAGGAGCGGUCAAUCCUUG